AUUUAAAUAAUCCCUUGUUUUAACGAUAGUGAUUUUUGUUUAUUGAUAUGCUAAACAAUUAUUUAUAAUUUCGCUAAUAAAAAGUUAUAAAACUGUACUCUAUACAAUUUAUUAUAAAAUUUUAAAUAUAAAGUUUAAGAAUAUAAAUUAAUUUUUUUCGAAAUGGCAAAUGACCAAUUUCCUGAUUAUUUGAAUGUAUAUUAUAAAAGACUUUUUCCUUAUACUCAAUUUCAUAAAUGGCUAUCUUAUGGGAAUGGAAAUCCUGAAAACUUUACCAACAGAGAGUUUUCUUUUACCUUGCAUGAAGAUAUUUAUAUAAGAUUUCAAUCUUUUAAUACACUCCAAGAAUUUGAAGCAGAAAUUCAAAAUAGAUGUCCAUUUAAAAUAGACAUAGGAGCUGUUUUUAAUAUGAGUCCAAAGGUUUGCCGUAAUUAUCCUCAAUUUCAUGCAAUGGAAAAGGAACUUGUUAUUGAUAUUGAUAUGACUGAUUAUGAUACUGUUAGAACAUGUUGUUCAGGUGCUGAUGUCUGUCAAAAAUGUUGGAGAUUUAUGGUAAUAGCUGUCAAAAUUUUAGAAUGUUCUUUGCGUGAUGAUUUUGGUUGGAAUCAUUUAUUAUGGGUGUUUUCUGGUAGACGUGGUAUUCAUUGUUGGAUCUGCGAUGAAUCUGCAAGGAAGUUAUCUCCAUCGGAACGCGGUGCUGUAAUUGAUUAUUUAAGUGUAUUGACAGCUGGAGAAUCAAAACGUUAUAAUGUUAAUCAUCCUUUUAUAAGACGUUCAAUUGCCAUUAUUAAUGAAGAAUUUGAUAAUCUUAACUUAGAACAGAAUUUUUUAGAAACUUCGGAGCAAUGUAACAAAAUAUUAUCUUUUAUAAAUGAUGAAAAACUGAAAGAGCAAAUUAACAUACAAUUUUCAAAGUAUCAAAAUAGUCCACAAAGAUGGGAAGCCUUGACACUUGUUAUACAAAAUAAUCAUAAAAGGGGCUUGUUGAAUUAUAAAACAAAAUUUUGUGUUGAAGAUAUUUUGUUGUAUUUAGCAUAUCCCAGACUAGAUGUAAAUGUUACUAAAGGAUUGAAUCAUUUAUUGAAAUCACCAUUUUGUGUACACCCAAAAACAGGAAAAGUUUGUAUUCCUAUCAAUCCAAAAGUAAUAGAUAAAUUUAAUCCUAAUGCAGUACCAACAAUCAAUGUAUUAAUUGAUGAAAUUAACGAUUAUGAUAAAAAGCAAAAAGAAAUUGUGAAUGAUGCUAACAUGAGUAUUAAUAGAUUAAAAGAUUACAAAAAGACGUCCAUGUUAAAAAGCAUUAGUAUUUUUGAAGAAUUUUUAAGAAAUCUAGAAAACUCGUGGAAAGGAAAUAAAAUUAAGAUCAGUGAUGCAAAGAUGGACUUUUAAAUUCAACUAAUAGUAUAGAUUAUUUGUUCUAAAUUUUUAAGUCCAAUUGUUAUUUAUAUAAUUAUAUGUAUAACAUUUUGUAUUAAAUUAAAAAUAAAUAAUAAGCACACAAU